AUGGACCAAUAUCACAGAAAACUGAUUAACACCUUUAUGUUGGAUUUAAUAUCUGUUACAUUUGACUUGGAAGAUAUCGUUAACAAAUUAUUAGAAGCUACCAUAAUCAAUGAAUGGAUGAAAAAUUAUAUUUUGGAAGAUCAGGUAGAAUCCGUUAAAAAAACAAGACUGUACGAAGUAAUUCAGGGACGAGGGCCUGAAGCAUUUACAGCUUUGUGCAGAAUAUUAAGAGAAACCAGAAACUAUGCUGCUUGCGAAAUUUUAACAUCGUCCAAAACAAGUGAACAAGAGAAACAAAUAUUAAGUUCAAUUGAUCUAUUGGAUACAACAUGCCGCUGUAAGCGUUGCUCCGAGCUGUUGAAAUAA